AUGCUGCGAUCAGCGGCCAGGCCAUCCGCGACCAUGAAGCUCGCCAACUCGGGCCGCAUUGCCUUCCGCAGGGCCUACGCCGACGAGGCUCCCAAGCCCAAGCCCAAGCCCGGCAAGCUGCGCCGGACCUUCAGAUGGGCCUGGCGACUGACGUACCUGUCUGCCCUGGGCCUGGUCGGCUACACUGCCUACGACAUCUACGUGGACCGCCAUCCCGACGAGCAGUUCAAGCCCGAUCCCAACAAGAAGACGCUGGUGAUUCUGGGCACUGGCUGGGGAUCUGUUGCCCUCCUCAAGAAGCUCGAUACCGAAAACUACAACGUCGUCGUAGUCUCUCCCCGCAACUACUUCCUCUUCACGCCUCUCCUGCCGUCAUGCACCACCGGCACCAUCGAGCACCGCUCCAUCAUGGAGCCCGUCCGCCGCAUUCUCCGUGGCAAAAAGGCCGUCGCCAAGUUCUUUGAAGCCGAGGCCACCUCCGUUGACCCCGAGCGCAAGGUCGUGCGUAUUGCAGACAACUCCGAGAUCAAGGGCGCCACUUCGGAAACUGAGAUCCCCUACGACAUGCUCGUUGUGGGCGUUGGCGCGGAAAACGCCACUUUUGGCAUCCCUGGUGUCCGCGAGAACAGCUGCUUCCUCAAGGAGAUUGGCGACGCCCAGCAGAUCCGCAAGAAGAUCAUGGACUGCGUUGAGACGGCCGCCUUCAAGGACCAGACCCCCGAGGAGGUUGACCGCCUGAUGCACAUGGUCGUUGUUGGCGGUGGCCCUACUGGUGUCGAGUUCGCCGGCGAGCUUCAGGACUUUUUCGAGGAGGACAUCAAGAAGCUGGUCCCUGACAUCAGCCCCCGCUUCAAGGUGACCCUCAUCGAGGCCCUGCCCAACGUCCUCCCCAUGUUCUCCAAGACUCUGAUCGACUACACCGAGAACACUCUCCGCGAGGAGAAGAUUGACAUCAAGACCAAGACCAUGGUCAAGCGUGUCACUGACAAGACUGUCGAGGCCGAGGUUUCCCGCCCCGACGGAACCAAGGAGCGUGUUGAGAUCCCCUACGGUCUGCUUGUCUGGGCCACCGGAAACGCCGUCCGCCCCAUCGUCAAAGACCUGGCCAGCAAGAUUCCUGCUCAAAAGGACUCGCGCCGUGGUCUCGCCGUCAACGAGUACCUCGUCGUGCAGGGCACCCGCGACAUCUGGGCCAUUGGCGACUGCGCCGUCGCUGGCUACGCCCCUACCGCUCAGGUUGCCUCACAGGAGGGUUACUUCCUUGGCAAGCUGUUCAACAACAUGGCCAAGACCGAGAACCACGAGGAUCGCAUCUCGGAGCUGAGCGGCAAGCUGAACAUUGCCGGCGGUAACUCAGCCGAGGCUUCCCAGGAAAUUGAGCUCCUGGAGAGGCAACUCAAGAAGAUUCGCGACAUCAAGCCUUUCAAGUACAGUCACCAGGGAAGCUUGGCCUACAUUGGCAGCGACAAGGCCGUCGCCGACGUCAGCUGGUGGAACGGCAACCUUGCCACCGGUGGCAGCGUCACCUACCUCUUCUGGAGAAGUGUCUACCUCUCCAUGUGCUUCAGCCCACGAAACCGUGUCCUGGUCCUCCUGGACUGGCUCAAGUCCAAGGCUUUCGGCCGUGACGUCUCCCGAGAGUAGAUACUAGAUUAAACGACGAAAGAUGAAAGACGAAAGACGAAAGACGAGAAGAAAGAGAAGAGAGAAAGAGAAGAGACAGAAGAGACAAGAGAAAGAAGAAAAUAGGCGCAUGAAGAGCGGCUGGUUACCCGCGAAUUACAAACCAAAAACACUAUUCCAUCACGGGACAAAUGCAUCUCGCCAUAUGCACAAUUUUGCUCGCGGGCGUCUGUUCUGUGUGUUCAGCGGAAAACUCGUUUCUUUUUUUUUUUUUUUUUACUUUUUUUUUUUGGCAUAGAUUGGGCUGGGCGUCCUUAACCGCCCGGGCUGGAGACUAAUAAAAAUUGUCGGAUUGGGGUUCGAGGGUAGGAUAUAUCCCCUACUUUGUAACUAUUCUUGUUUUGAUACAUAUAUUACGGGGGAGCUGUAGGACGAUACGGGACGGUUGUGUAGAGAGGGAUUCUAAAAUGGCGAUUGAAUGAUUGGGUGAAUGGCGUUUUCUCACAGUGACUCUGUUUUCGACUCUGAAGAUGGGUGGAUUUGGUAUGCUUGUGAUUUCAGGGUUGUAUCAAUUUUUCCUCUCAAAUAAUGCCUGCUAUUCACCGACAAUCAGCUGCAGGUUACAUUGAAGUGACAAUUCCCAGCAGACGUCGCAUCGUUUCCAAGUAGACUUCAUGUCAACUCCCACUACGCGACGGACACGCGGCUCGUUCAAAAUCACAACACCGCUUGCCCUCCAUAUUCCUGAUAGAAUAUAGUCAUUUCUACACAGCCAACACGCCAGUAAAAGUCAAAGGAAUAGACGUUGGCCUCUGAAAUACCAACCUCACGUACUCUCGGGCAAGCGGAUAUAAAGUAGGUCUGUGGAGAAAGGCGGGGAAGAAUGCGGGAAGUGGAUUGGCUAGUGAAUCUGGCUGGGAAUUGUGGGGCAGCCCAAACAGAGAUGCGUUGCUAUAUUAGGAAAGACGGCGAGUUUGAACGACGAGAUUCAACAGACGCCAUUGGAAGGAAUGGGCGGACGGAGAACGCCAUGUCUCCGUAUAUGCGGUGAGACUCGUUUCCUGGCUUUUGCUUGGGCUGCUUUUGCUAGGAUGUUUCCUGGUGUGGGGGGUUGGAAGGAUUGCAGCUGAAUGGUUGACGGGCGAGGGCCUGGUGGCCUGAUAAUGGGGCGUAUUAGUACGGGGAAGAGGAACUGAGAUUGCUGCCAUGACACAAAGUCUGGGGUAACGCGUACUGCAGGUAAGACCUAUCCAUGCUAACAUCGGGCGGCCGGGAGAUGGCAGCUCCCGACAAUUGGAGCUCCAGGCAGUUGAAUAGUCGGAGUUUAAACAGCUUGGCAACGCAAUGUAAGGUUUCUGCGUGGCUGCUACUGGGUCCGGGACAAAGGAGGCCAACAAGGUUGUUGAUAAGGCGCUGACAGGCUGGAAGAAGACACAUGGUAAGUUGAGCAAUAAGUUCUAAAGCUCGAACCGAGAAGCAAGUUUGAGUUGUCACUCUCACAUUUCUUCAUCCCUUCAACUCUUCCUUGAUACCAAACCGGUUUUUCCCAACCAUGGCAGAAGAAAAAGGCACCCGCAGCAAUGUCGACUCCGACUCGGACCGUUUAGAUGCCCUCAAUCGAUUCCGCUCCGCAGCGAGCAUUAGCAUGACGCCGGAGCUGUUCGAGAAGCUGUAUCUGGCGCCGCAGAGCAAAGUCAAGGGACAGCUGAGAGAUACGUUUG